UCUAAUGAAACUUGGGAUAUAUGCAUUUAAUACAAAAACAGUUCAAUCAUCAAAUGACUGACUCUUGAAAAGCGCAGCACGACCGAGAAGACCAAGUCAUAGAUUGAAAGUAUGGAUUGGCCAGAUCGUUGGAAUCAUAUAGAAAAAGUUUUAGAAAGAAGCGGUCCAUUUGCUCAUGAAGAUUUCAAUCCCGGUUCUGAGGCGUUUGAUUUUGUUCAUCAAGUUUGCAAUGUUCUUGUCAUUGGAGCUGGUGGACUUGGAUGUGAACUUCUCAAAAAUUUAGCUUUGAUGGGUUUUCGAAACAUUGAAGUCAUUGAUAUGGAUAUCAUUGAAGUGUCAAAUUUAAACAGGCAGUUUCUGUUCAGAGCAGCAGAUGUUGGAAAACCAAAAGCUGAAGUUGCAGCUGCUCAUAUUAACAAAAGAAUUGCAGGCUGCAAUGUAGUACCCCAUUACAAGAAAAUUCAAGACUUUGAUGAGAGCUUCUAUCAAAGAUUUCAUAUUAUUGUGUGUGGUUUGGAUUCCAUAGUUGCUCGAAGAUGGAUAAAUGGAAUGUUGGUGGGCAUCAAUACUGAAGAAAGUGCACAAGAUGGAGCUAUAAUUCCAAUGAUAGAUGGUGGUACAGAAGGUUUUAAAGGCAAUGUUAGGGUGAUGCUACCAUCAAUAACUGCUUGUAUUGACUGUACUUUAGAUUUAUAUCCUCCUCAGGUCACUUUUCCUCUGUGUACUAUUGCUCAGACUCCUCGUUUACCAGAACAUUGCAUUGAAUAUGUGAAGGUACUCUUAUGGCCUAAGGAAAGACCCGAUACAAGUAUUGAUGGUGAUGACCCUGAACAUGUAAGAUGGAUUUAUGAGAGAGCUCUUGAGCGAGCUGCUGAAUAUAACAUACCUGGAGUCACAUAUCGACUUACUCAAGGUGUGAUUAAAAACAUUAUUCCAGCUGUUGCUUCCACAAAUGCAGUAAUUGCCGCUGCUUGUGCAACAGAAGUUUUUAAAAUAGCUACAAGUUCCUAUUUGUCUCUGAAUAAUUACAUGGUGUUCAAUGAUGUUGAUGGAAUAUACACUUACACAUUUGAAGCUGAAAAGAAGGAUAAUUGUUUAGCUUGCAGUCAAAAGGUUCAUGGCUUAACAUUUGCAGAGACAGAUAAACUACAAGUCAUUGUAGAUUUUCUUAUUGAAAAUGCAGAGUAUCAGAUGAAAUCCCCUGGUUUGACAGCUAAUAUUAAUGGAAAAAAUAAGACAUUGUAUAUGCAAUCAGUUGCUUCUAUAGAAGAGGCUACAAGACCUAAUUUAAAGAAAACUUUGAAAGAGCUUGGCAUUGUUGAUGGCCAACAAAUUGUGGUUGCUGAUUCUACAACACCAUCCUCAUUAAUUUUCAAAUUGAAUCUUACAUCUAAAAUGGAAAGCUAAUUUGUAAAAAAUUUGUAUAUUUAUUUUGUUUGUUUGUUUUUUUAAUAAAGUUUUAAAAAGAUAAAUUUUUCUAGUUGUUAUA